CUGCUGUGCUUGGUUCCAUUACAAAUUCUUACAAGUUCUUCUGAAGAUAAGAUGUAGGUGGCAGAAAAAUCAUUGCUUUUAUUGCAAUAACUUAAAAAUAUGAAGUUUAAAGUAUUUUUAAUGCAGACAGCUGUUCAAAGAAUUAAAAUUUCAUAGAUGAGCUAUAAUGACCAACCGAUUCUGUGACAAUAUUUGUCAAGUCUAAGUCUAGGCUGAGGAUUGAACUUGGCUUAGGCAGAGUCACUUUGCCUAUGGAAAAGAUAAGCUUAGUGAACCACUUGAUAUGUGAGCCAGUACGAGUCACAAGCUAGGACGACCCCAGUGUGGAUGGCUGAUUUUCCUUGUGGGACUUCCACUGUUUAUAGUGGAACGGUGAACUGAGAGACUGAGCAAAAAAAUUCCCAAGAAACCUCCCACAACCUUACUUGAGAGUAGAUGUUUAGUAGAUAAAACCCCAGCAAGAAUGAAGGGCUUACACAAACACAUCCCAAGUCUUGUCUUUGAGAUAUUUAAGCAUAGAAUAAGACUGCCUAGCUCAAUUCCAUACUGUAUUGAGAUGAUAGGUCCCACAUCCUACUUGCCUAACACUCAAAAGGGCACAUUGUCCCCCGUUGAAAAUGAUUUAGUUUCUGUGAUUCUUUUGUACACAAUUUCUAGUGAAUAGUAAAAUAUGAAGCCUAUGGAAAUAUUUGAAGACCUAAUAGUCACAAAAUUUCCAAAUUUGUGAAAGAAUUAUUUCACAGAUUCAAGAAGCUCAACAAAGUUCCAAAUCGAUAAGCACAAAGGAAACCACUCUUAGGCAACUGUUGCUAAAAGCCAAACAAUUCUUAAAAGUGAUGAAGAAAAUUUAAAUGUUCUAUGAAAAAGAAAUCUCAGAUGAUUAUAGAUCUUGGGAAAUUCAGAAAUGUGAACUGUGUAAACCAGAGCAAGUUUACCAUCCCCCAGCUGUGAAAUUUGGAAACUCAACUACAUUUCAGGAUGACUAUGUUCCUCAGGAAAUAAAGCCUAGGCAAAGCUUUAAGCCCUGCCCUGUGGUCAAGUGUUCUACAAUCCCUUUUAAUGGUGAUACAAGCCAUCGUCUUGAUUAUGCACCUUAUCAGCUAGAAGUCAAGUUUGCAAGGCCAAAAGAAGUUUACAAGCCAACUGAUCAACCUUUUGAGGAUCUCACAACUCACCGGAAUGACUUUCAAGGUCUUACUGGAGAAACUGCAAAAAUCUGCAGACCUUCCUACACCAGAGUGACCCAAAAUGCUCAAUUUAAAGGAAGCACUGAAUUCCGUGAAAGUUUUCAACCAUGGGAAAUCCCACCACCUGAAGUCAAGAAAGUACCAGAAUAUGUGCCUCCUACAGGAAGCAUGCAAUUAAACAGUACCAGCCAUCUUGACUAUGUUCCCUAUCAGGCCAGCCGUGUUGUUGCCAUUAGGCCAGUUUCUCACAGAACUAAAAACAGUAUUCCUUUCCAAGGAAAAAGUACCAUGAAGGAAGACUUUCCAGCAUGGGAAAGUUGUCGUCAAGGACUUAUUAAGCAUCAGCAACAGAUUCCCAACCCAUCUGGAAAAUUUGAUGGUUUGAGCACUUUCAGAUCUCACUUUGUGCCACAUGAAUUGAUUCCAACAGAGAGUUGCAAACCUUUAAAGGCUGCUCUUAAGAGUUCUGUUCCACUUGAUGAUGUUACCAUGUACUCUAUAGAAUACACACCAAAGAAACAGGAAAUCUGCCCAGCUAGCUAUCCCUCUCCUCCAGGUUAUAUAUUUGAAAAUACAAAUUCCCAAGGUCAUAAAUUCUUUCGAAAGAUCAUUCCUACCGUGAAAGCCUUUUAGUAAUCAAAUAAUGUUUUAAAGAAAUGGAGUGAGAUGUUGGUUUUUUAAGAAAAAAUCCAAAAAUUGUUUUUAUAAUGAAAAGUUAUGAGAGUAUAACAAAUCAUUUUUUAGAUUUGUAAACAAAAUUAGAAAUUUUUUUUGCAAUCAGAACACCAAAAUGCAUUUUGUACUGAUAGUUUAGCAAGAUUGUUCCUUGUUGUUACUAUUUUGUUUUGUUGUUGAUAGGGUCUCCCUAUGUAUUCAAGGCUAUCCUGCAAGUUCCAAUUCUCCUGCUUCAAUCUCCCAAGUUAUAAUUGUUCUUUAAUAGGCAUUUCUGAAGGUUAAAUAAUGUACAUCUUUAUCUGAACAUGCUGUUUAAUAACUUGUCUUCAGUCUAUAUUAUAUUUCUGUUUAUAAUUAUGGCUAUUCACAAAACAGUUGUCAUUUAUCAAGCACAUUGGGACUGUCUAGAUCAAAACUGAAGAUACAAGGAUUGAUUUCUCUUCCAAAAAAGAAAAUCGAGAUUCAUUUUCCUUUAACUUCAACACAUCUACAUAGCAUAGAACAAGUCAAGUUUGGUUGCCAAUGCCAGAGUCUGCUGCUCUGCUCCUCACUCUGUUUAAGAUAUCAGGAGGUAUUGU